AGCCGAAUAUGGGUUGAUAGUGCUGAAGCUAAAAUUUAUUUUUCUUUUGACAAUAGGAUUUAUUCGGCGAUAAGCCAAAUAAAUUGCAUGAGACUAGAUAUAGUAGAGUACGAUUUACGUGCAUAACUUUGCAAACUAAACUAAAUCACCCGCGUCUCUAUUAUAUUUAGUAUUAACUCACUUCGUUCGGGGGAAUCGGGAGCUACGGGGUAAUAAGAAUCGCUUUAGUGUAUCUGAACCACUUGAUCUCGUUUUGUUAUUACGGAUCAUGGAAUAGUGCAGGUAGGUACUUGUGACUUGCAGCAUCGUUACAUGGUUUACUUUUGACCUGAAAACGGACCGCAAAUCUGUUUUUCGGUCAAUAGAUCAAUUUUUUACGAUUUUCAACGGCAAAUUGUGAGUAUUAAAACUAUUUUAUUUUAAGUAGGUAGGUACUGCCUGUUUUUACUUGUAAAACUAUCAUACCAUAAAAAACAACACUUGUAAAAUGUAGCAAUUCUCGCAAUCAGUUAUUCUACCGUAAAAAGUUGUGAGAUCCAUGUAAUAGCAAGUCGAUUACUUCUGAUUAUAGAAUGAGAUAAAAUGUAUAUUUACUUAUGUAAAAAAAACCGAAUUUUGAGAAUUAUAUGAAAUUUUCAAAAUGAGUACCUAUUUGAGGUAAUUAAAGUCGAAUGGCUGCCAUUAGUCAUUACACAAUUUCAUUAUUUUUUGAGAUGCCCCAUUAACAUUCAAAAAAUUUCAAGUGUACAUAUUAUAAUGAAUAAUAAUAAAAAAGUAUAAAAAUUACAUAUUCUUAUUCUGGUUACCAGUGUGGUUCUCACUACCCCGUGCACCUGGGUGACGGGAGUCAAUGUUACUUUUCUCAAAAAUGAGUAUAAAUGUAUUUGCUUUUUUUGAUUUUUAAUUUUUGUGUUGCUGUAAAAAAAAACAAAAACUAUAGUAAAAAGUGAAGUUUUUUAAAAGUUAUAGGACGUUUUUCCUAAGUAGCGCCAAUUACCCCUUGUUUACUUGUGCUUCAGUGUCCCUCAUGACUCAACCGUUUCAUAAUCUACUAUUGUAAUAUCGAUAUAGGUACUAGAUGAAUACAUUUUAGCUCUCUGACGGCGAGCGCAGGCUCCGACCAACUACAGCUGUCACUCGUAAGGUGAUAGAAAUGAACCGAGCAGCGGCGACUCCGUGGGCGCACGUGUACGGUGCGGGGGGGCGCGCGCGGGCGGCGGAGUCGGCGUGAUAUCACGCCCGUUAUCAGUGCGAGAUUAGAUACCGCCGCGAGCGCACCGGCCGGCGAGCGGUGAGCGGCGCGCGCAUUGCAGCGAGCGGCGAGCGGCCAGAGCAGCAUGCGGAGCAAGGACCGCCUGGACGAGCUGCGCCACCGCGCGCGGCAGGCGGGGCUGGCGCCGGACGCGACGCCGGACGCGACGCCGGAGCCCUGCGCGCCGCACCGCAGCGACAUCGAGGAGCUGCUGCGAGAGGUGGAGCCGGUGCGCGCGUGGAUCCUGGACGUGGAGCGCAACACGCAGCUGGUGCGGCGCCUGCACGCCGACCCCGCCUACCACGGCGACCCGCUGUUGCAGGAGCAGCUGGACGCGCUGGUGACGGCGUCCAACGCGCUGGGGCUCAAGGUGUGCGGCGCGCUGCGGCAGCUGGAGGCGCGCGCGCGCGCGGGCGGCGGCGGCGGGGCGCGCGCGCGCAUGGCGCGGCUGCAGUACGCCGCCACGCGCCGCCUGUUCGACGACGCGCUGGCGCGGCACCAGCGCGCGCUGGCGGCGCUGCACGACCAGCAGCACCUGCUGCUGCGGGAGCAGCUGCGCCUGAGUACGUGCCUCUCUCUCUGUCACCGUCACUCGCUCGUCGCGUCUCUGUCCGCCGCCUGCGACUGCCGAGGCCGCCGAUGUUGCUCAUGAGGACAUUCUCUAAUUUAUGGGAACCGUUAGGCCUCAGAUUAUUAGGCUAAUAUAGGUAUAUAAAUAUAGCCGUUUACGCAACGUCCGCUAGUAGGUUCCUACAUAUUAUAUUACAGUCACUCGAUACCAUAAACCUACUCACGACAAUAUACAUAUUCGUCAUACAAACAAUAUUUUUGCAAUCAACGAUAGUAUGGUCGUUUGUAAUUGAGCUUCGAAUGCAGACAUCAGGACACGGUCAAGGGACACUAUCCAUUUAACCGAUCGGUUGUGGUCAAAGGAUCCAUCCUAUCCAUUUACUUCAGCAUCGAGCCGAUUGUCGUCCACUGCUGGACUCUUCUAUUCACUCAUUCCUCUACAUAAAGGGCAACAGCUGCCACGUCGGCCGUCCAUCAGCGAUAAUGUCAUCAUGGCAACGACUAGAGAAUUAUUUUAUUACUAGCUGACGCCGCGCGGUUUUACCUGCGUGGUUCCCGUUCCCGUAGAAAAACGGGGAUAAUUUAUAGCCAAUAGCCUUCCUCGAUAAAUGGGCUAUCUAACACUGAAAGAAUUUUUCAAAUCGGACCAGUAGUUCCCGAGAUUAGCGCGUUCAAUCAAACAAACAAACUCUUCAGCUUUAUAAUAUUAGUAUAGAUUAAUCUGUGCAUUAUCCUAUCCUAUUUAUAUUAUGAACGCGAAAGUUUAUAAGGAUGUUUGUUACUCUCUAACGCCGCUACUACUGAAGCGCUUUGGCUGAAAUUUAGAAUGGAAAUAGAUUUGACUCUGGAUUAAUACCUAGGCUACUUUCAUCCCGGAAAAAAUCAUGGUUCCCGCGGAUUUGUAAAAAACUGAAUUCCACGCGGAAGAAAUCGCGGGAGUCCGCUAGUCUAUAUUAUAUAAUCAACUUGAGAACCUGCUUUUCAUUGAAGUCGAUUAAUAAAAAUGAAUUUUGUAUCUUCCUAAGCGCGAAUCUCGAGAACGGCUGAACCGGUUUUACUAAUUCUUUUUUUUACAAUAAUCCUAGAAGUACUAGGAUGGUUUUUACGAAGAAAAAAAAUUUAAAAAGAGUAAAAAAAAAAUCUCCCAUAAUAACGAUUUGUAUCUUCUAUACAAGAAUGAACUUUGAAUUUCCUAAGCGCAAAUCUCGAGAACGGCUGAACCGAUUUCGUUAAUUGAUUUUUACAAUACUUCUUGAAGUGCGAG